AUGAAAUACAUUUAUUACAAUCCUUACACUUAGUAUGAUGAAUGUAUAAAUGUACAUCAUGGCAAUUACUAAAGUGAAAUUUGGGAUUUAAUAGUUUGGGGUGUAUAAAAUUAAGAACCUAUGGGUAUUUAAUAGAGUUUUAAAUUUAGAUGUGAAAUUGGCAGAAUUAUAUAGCAAUACUUGUGGUUCAAAAUGCCUGAAUAUUUGGCUAAAUUAGUCGCGGACUUUUAUAAAUUUGAAGUUGGAGACACAAAUUCUUAAGUUAGAAAAAGAUGGAUAGAAAUCAAUGGAAAUUGUCAUGAUAUUAGUACUAACAAAGUAUAUUCCCACAUAAAUGAUGAAGCAUUUGUUCUUAAUAGGAUAUUGAGCUCUCACAUGCAAUCGAAUGUAAGCAAGAAUCCAAAGGAAUAAGUAGAGCAUUAUUGA